CGCGAUGCCUAUUAUUAAAGAAUAAUCAUAAUAAUUAAUUAAAAUACUUAUUAAAUCCUCCCCGCCGCGGGAUGUACGUUGGGACUGGGAACUGGAGGGUGGCGGAGGGGGGAGGAAACCCGGCUCGCUCCGGUCCGAGCGGGUCCGUCGGAUUCGUCAAGGUCGUUUUUAAUGAGCUCGUUUGCAAACUCAGUCGGGCAGCGGAGACCGAGGCGGGAGGACGGGUCAGGGGUGCUACAAAAAAGGGAGUGCGGUCCACCUGAAACGUCCCCGGGAUGGAGCGCCCUGUCCCCAGGGGGCUGCGGGGGGAGAAGGAAGAGGAGGAGGAGGAGGAGGAGAGGGUGCUGGUGUCGGAGCACAUCUGGAGACCCUGUCCCACAACCCGGAGAAGGGUCCGAGGUGAGACCCCCACCCAAAAAGGGGGAUUUUGGGGGCGGGGGUUUUUAGGGGGUCAGCACCCUGUUUUCCCCCUCGCAGGGUGCUUGGAGUGGGUGAGGCGGCAGCUGUUCCGCGUCGGGGAGGAUUGGUACUUCCUCUUCAUCCUGGGGGUGCUCAUGGCCACCAUCAGCUUCGCCACGGACAUCAUCAUCGUCAGGCUCCACGCGGCCCACAUGUGGCUGUACCGAGAGAUCGGGGACAUCGGGGUGCUCAAGUACCUCUCGUGGACCCUGUUCCCCACGGCACUGGCCGCCUUCUCCACCGGCUUCUCCCAGAGCAUCACUCCAUACUCCGGAGGCUCCGGAAUCCCGGAGCUGAAGACUAUCCUGAUGGGCGUGGUGCUGGAGGACUACCUGGCCAUCCAGAACUUCGGAGCCAAGGUGGUGGGGCUGGCCUGCACCCUGACAUGCGGCAGCACUGUUUUUCUUGGCAAAUUGGGUCCCUAUGUGCACCUCUCUGCCAUGGCUGCAGCCUAUCUGGGGAAGAUGAGGACCACGGUCACGAGGGAAUAUGAGAACAAGUUCAAGCAGCACGAGAUGCUGGUGGCAGCUCAAGCCGUCGGGGUGGCCACAGUUUUCGGGGCUCCCAUCAGUGGGGUGCUUUUCAGCAUUGAGGUGAUGACCCCCCACUUUGCCGUGAGGGAUUACUGGCGCGGCUUCUUCGCCGCCACCUGUGGCGCCUUCAUGUUUCGGCUCCUGGCCGUGUUCAACAGCGAGCAAGAAACCAUCGCCGCUGUUUUUAAGAGUGACUUCAAGAUUGAUUUUCCCUUUGACCUCCUGGAGACCUUCUUUUUUCUGAUUUUGGGGACCAUCUGUGGGAUCGUGGCCUGUGCUUAUCUCUUCUGCCAGCGCUGGAUGGUGGUGGCCGUCAGGAGGAACCGGCUGACAGCCAAGCUCUUGGCCACUGACAAACCUGUGUACACGGUGCUGGUGGUGCUGCUCCUCGCCUCCAUCACCUUCCCGCCUGGGCUGGGGCAGUUCAUGGCCUCCAGGCUCACCAUGAAGGAAUAUCUCAUCUCCCUCUUUGACAACCACACGUGGAGCGUGCUGGCUGCCAACACCUCAGGGGUAGCCAAGCCUGGGGGGCUCUGGCAGGAGUGGGACCAUCCCUCUGCCACCAUCUACUCCACCUUGACCUUCUUCCUGCUCAUGAAGGUAACCAUGGCCCCCCAAUCUUUUGGUGUUGCCCCCAGUACGGUCUCUCCAUGGGGUGACCUCCUCAUGUCCCCCCAGUUCUGGAUGCUGAUCCUGGCCACCACCCUGCCCCUGCCAGCCGGGUACUUCAUGCCCAUCUUCAUCUAUGGAGCAGCAAUCGGGCGCCUAGUGGGGGAGGUGGUGGCCCUGCUCUUCCCACAGGGGCUCCAUUCAGAAGGACCCCCACGGCCCAUAAUUCCUGCUGGCUACGCCCUGGCUGGUGCAGCCGCGUUCUCAGGCUCGGUGACCUACUCGCUGUCCACGGCCCUGCUGGUGUGCGAGGCCACCGGGUACCUGGGCCACAUUCUGCCCACCGUGUUGGCCGUGCUGGUGGCCAAUGCCAUCAGCCAGAAGAACCAACCGUCCUUCUAUGAUGGCAGCAUCAUCAUCAAUAAGCUGCCCUACCUGCCCCCCAUCCGCAGCCGGCACAUCGCCUCCUACCAAGUGGUGGUGGAGGAGUUCAUGGAGCGCCAGGUGGUGGCCUUGGCCAAGGGGGACGGUUUCCAGGAGGUGCUGGCAGCCUUGGACGCUUCUGCUGAUGCUGAGUACCCUGUGGUGGAGAGUACAGGAUCCCCCACUCUGGUGGGCACUGUCAGCAGGUCCCAGCUGGUCACCUUCCUCCAGAGCCACAAGCACCCUCAGGCCCCCCAAGGAGAGAAGCUGGCCACCGUGGGGACACUUGGGGAUGACUGCACCAUCGAGCCCAUCAUGCUCCAGUUCUCCCCAUGGACCUCCCUGCACCAGGCCCAUCACCUCUUUCAGCUGCUGAAGCUGCAGCGAGUCUUUGUCACCCGCUCUGGGGAGCUGGUGGGAGCCGUGAGCAGGGCAGAGCUGCGGAGAGCAAUCGAGGACCUUGCCAAGCCCAAGUGAUGACGUGUUGGGACCACAGGGGACCCCUCCCCACCGAUGUCCCCCCAUGAAAAAUAGGGAGUCCUGACCCCCUCUGCGACGUGGGGAGGGCUGGGGGAGUCAGUUCUCCAGCAGAGGGUGUUGUGCAUUAAACCAUCGACCCAUCAGUGCUUCCUCCUCCUCCUCUUACUCCAGCCCGGCCGGUUUCUUUUGGGGGGGGAUCACCCCCUCCCAAACCCGACAACAACGCUUAAAACCACCCGAAUCACCCCAAAACUGCCCAGGACAUGCACCGAAGUGUCCCAGUCUCUGUGACACCCCCUGUGCCCCCCUUCUAAAAUUAUCAGAACAUAAUAA